GGGGUGGGCGGCCCCGAGCGCGUCCCGCAGUGGCAGGAGCCCUGGGCGCUGGAAAGCGCGUCCCGCCGGGUCCCCGAGCGUCCCGCGCCGUCGCCCCGCCAUGCUCCUGCUGCUGGGGCUGUGCCUGGGGGUGUCCCUGUGUGUGGGGUCACAGGAAGAGGCGCAGAGCUGGGGCCACUCUACGGAGCAAGAUGGACUCAGGGUCCCAAGGCAAGUCAGACUGUUGCAGAGGCUGAAAACCAAACCUUUGAUGACAGAAUUCUCGGUGAAGUCUACCGUCAUUUCCCGUUAUGCCUUCACUACUGUUUCCUGCAGAAUGCUGAACAGAGCUUCUGAGGACCAGGACGUUGAGUUUCAGAUGCAGAUUCCAGCUGCAGCUUUCAUCACCAACUUCACUAUGCUUAUUGGAGACAAGGUGUAUCAGGGCGAGAUUACAGAGAGAGCAAAGAAGAGUGGUGAUAGGGUAAAAGAGAAAAGGAAUAAAACCACAGAAGAAAAUGGAGAGAAGGGGACUGAAAUAUUCAGAGCUUCUGCAGUGAUUCCCAGCAAGGACAAAGCCGCCUUCUUCCUGAGUUACGAGGAGCUUCUGCAGAGGCGCCUGGGCAAGUACGAGCACAGCAUCAGCGUGCGGCCCCAGCAGCUGUCCGGGAGGCUGAGCGUGGUCGUGAACAUCCUGGAGAGCGCGGGCAUCGCAUCCCUGGAGGUGCUGCCGCUUCACAACAGCAGGCAGAGGGGCAGCGGGCGCGGGGAAGAUGAUUCUGGGCCUCCCCCAUCUACUGUCAUCAACCAAAAUGAAACGUUUGCCAACAUCAUUUUUAAACCUAGUGUAGUACAACAGGCCAAGAUUGCCCAGAAUGGAGUUUUGGGAGACUUUAUCAUUAGAUAUGACGUCAACAGAGAACAGAGCAUUGGGGACAUCCAGGUUCUAAAUGGCUAUUUUGUGCACUACUUUGCUCCUAAAGACCUUCCUCCUUUACCCAAGAAUGUGGUAUUCGUGCUUGACAGCAGUGCUUCUAUGGUGGGAACCAAACUGCGGCAGACCAAGGAUGCCCUCUUCACGAUUCUCCAUGACCUCCGACCCCAGGACCAUUUCAGUAUCAUUGGAUUUUCCAACCGGAUCAAAGUAUGGAAGGACCACUUGAUAUCAGUCACUCCAGACAGCGUCAGGGAUGGCAAAGUGUACAUUCACCAUAUGUCACCCACUGGAGGCACAGACAUCAACGGGGCCCUGCAGAGGGCCAUCGGGCUCCUUAACAAGUACGUGGCCCACAAUGACAUUGGAGACCGGAGCGUGUCCCUCAUCAUUUUCCUGACGGAUGGGAAGCCCACAGUCGGGGAGACACACACCCUCAAGAUCCUCAACAACACCCGAGAGGCCGCCCGAGGCCAAGUCUGCAUCUUCACCAUUGGCAUCGGCAACGAUGUGGACUUCAGGCUGCUGGAGAAACUGUCGCUGGAGAACUGCGGCCUCACACGGCGUGUCCACGAGGAGGAGGAUGCGGGCUCGCAGCUCAUCGGGUUCUACGAUGAAAUCAGGAGCCCUCUCCUCUCUGACAUCCGCAUCGAUUAUCCCCCCAGCUCAGUGGUGCAGGCCACCAAGACCCUGUUCCCCAACUACUUCAACGGCUCGGAGAUCAUCAUCGCAGGGAAGCUGGUGGACAGGCAGCUGGAUCACCUGCACGUGGAGGUCACCGCCAGCAACAGUAAGAAAUUCGUCAUCCUGAAGACAGAUGUGCCUGUGGGGCCUCAGAAGGCAGGGAAAGACGUCACAGGAAGCCCCAGGCCUGAAGGCGAUGGAGAGGGGGACCCCAACCACAUCGAGCGUCUCUGGAGCUACCUCACCACAAAGGAGCUGCUGAGCUCCUGGCUGCAAAGUGACGAUGAGCUGGAGAAGGAGCGGCUGCGGCAGCGGGCCCAGGACCUGGCUCUGAGCUACCGCUUCCUCAUUCCCUUCACCUCCAUGAAGCUGAGGGGGCCGGUCCCGCGCAAGGACAGCCUGGAGGAGGCCCACGGCAUGUCGGCCGCCAUGGGACCCGAACCGGUGGUGCAGAGCAUACGAGGAGCUGGCACGCAGCCAGGACCUUUGCUGGAGAAGCCAUACCAGCCAAGAAUUAAAAUCUCUAAAACAUCAGUGGAUGGCGACCCCCACUUUGUUGUGGAUUUCCCCCUGAGCAAACUCACUGUGUGCUUCAAUAUUGAUGGGCAGCCCGGGGACAUCCUCAGGCUGGUCUCUGAUCACAUGGACUCUGGUGUGACAGUGAACGGAGAGUUAAUCGGGGCGCCCGCCCCUCCAAACGGCCAUAAGAAACAGCGCACUUACUUCCGCACCAUCACCAUCCUCGUCAACAAGCCAGAGAGAUCUUACCUCGAGAUCACACCGAGCAGAGUCAUCCUGGAUGGUGGGGACAGGCUGGUGCUCCCCUGCAACCAGAGCGUGGUGGUGGGGAGCCGGGGGCUGGAGGUGGCCGUGUCUGCCAAUGCCAAUGUCACGGUCACCAUCCAGGGCUCCAUAGCCUUUGUCAUCCUCAUCCACCUCUACAAAAAGCCGGCGCCCUUCCAGCGACACCACCUGGGUUUCUACAUUGCCAACAGCGAAGGCCUCUCCAGCAACUGCCAUGGACUGCUAGGUCAGUUCCUGAACCAGGAUGCCAGACUCACGGAACACCCUGCGGGGCCCAGCCAGAACCUCACUCACCUUCCGCUCCUUCGGGUGGGAGAGGGGCCUGAGGCCGUCCUAAAGGUAAACGGCCACGAAGUCCCAGUGGUCUGGAAGCAAAGGAAGAUUUACAAUGGGGAAGAGCAGAUAGACUGCUGGUUUGCCAGGAACAACGCCGCCAAACUGAUUGAUGGGGAGUACAAGGAUUACCUGGCAUCCCAUCCGUUUGACACAGGGAUGACGCUUGGCCGGGGAACGUCCAGGGAGCUCUGAAGCUGGCAGCCUUAAUGAUGCAAGUUCAUGAAGGACCGUGAUGUGGGGAGGCCAUGGGGCAGCUCUUUUCAUGGCUGUACAUGCCGCAGCUCCUGGCAGUUAGCUGGACUCCAUGACCCACCCCUGGUGCAGAGUAGAUCUGACGUCUGUCUGGGCAAAGGGUGGGGGCGGGAAGCCUGAAUGCAAAUGUCAUUUCUCUCUACUCCCUCUUCCUGCCUCUCCCCACCCUGCCCACAUCCACGGAGGGGAGAAAGGUCAUAGCUAAAUGCAACAAAGUCUGUGUCUUGUCCCAACCUGCUUAUCUGUUCUGUUAGCCUAUCAUAAAGUAAGCCUUUCUGGGGAAGGAAGGUUGCUAUGAAACUUGUUUUCUUGGUGGAAAUGACCAAGUUUGGGCACUCUGCUUUUUGCCUUACACUAAUGCUUAGAAAGCUGUCUUUUCAGUGGUGUUGCAGCCCCCAGAUGUGUGCCAACCUCUGCUACAAAGGAAUCUCUCACUCAGUCCAGGCCACCAAUCAUGCCAAUAGCCCAUACAUUUGAUCAUUGUAAACCAUGAAGUCUUUUCUUACGAGAGGUUUUUCUGCUGCUGUGGUAUCUCGCCCUUAAAAAUUAGUUUUCAUUAAAAGGAAAUUUGAUUGAAAAUAGAAACAUCUACAGCUCA